UUUUUCAACCCCCAAAAUGAAGAAUUGCACACAAUAAUACCAAUAUAACCUACCUCAAUUUUCUUCAAACACCACCAAUGAGAACUAUGAAAUGAACCCUCCAACAACACCAUUGUAACAAGCAACAACAUCAUCAGGGACUGAAACCCUUUACCCAUCAAACAAUACUACUCAAUGGGGACACCAGGAAACUGUGGAGUUGAUUAGAAUUAGAGGCCAACUCGAGAAAAGCUUCAGUUCUUCCAAGAGAUUCAAGGCGCUUUGGGAAACUGUGGCUUCUUCCCUUAGAGAUAAAGGUUUCUUUCGGAAUCCUCAUCAGUGUAAAUCUAAAUGGAAAAACCUCGUCAAUCGUUACAAGGGCAAAGAGACAUCUGAUUUUGAAAAUGGAAAGCAGUGCCCAUACUUCAAAGAAUUGCAUGACGUUUUCACUGAAAGACCCGAAAGCUUGCAACAUUCUUUUAUGGAUUCCCAGCAGGUAGCUGUUAAAUCAAGGAAGAGAAGGGGUGAUCAGUUUUCAGAUGACUUAUCUCAGGACGAAGAUGAGGCGGGGGACAAUAAUAUUCGGGAAGGUGUCCUGAGAAACAACUCCCAGAAAAGGAAAACCGACAUUAACAGUCAUGGUAGUAGCAGUAUUCUGGAGAUGCUUAGAGAUUUUCUGCAACCGCAGCAAAGGGUAGAGUGGCAGUGGAUGGAGUCCAUGGAACGGAAUCAGCGAGAGAGAGAAUUAUUCGAGUUUGAAUGGCGACAGUCGAUGGAGAAGUUAGAGAGAGAGAGAGGCUGGUGAUGGAGCAGGCGUGGCUGGAGAAAGAAGAGCAAAGGAUGAUCAGAGAAGAAAUUCGAGCUGAGAAAAGGGGUGCCCUCCUAACAUCUUUGUUGAACAAACUCAUCGGUCAAGGCAAUGUAUAAAUGUAUGUGUUAGCAAAGACCACACUUGGUGUAGAUAGAAGAAUUUAGGACAUUUGAACUUGCAAAUUUGUAUAUUAGAAUAUGCAUUAGUAUAUACAUAUAGGGAGAAAAGCGGAAAACAAGGCCACGUCACCAUAGGCCAUGUUGUGAAGGUGCAAACAACUUUGUUUGGGGUUUCAGAAGAUAUUUUAUAUUUUUGACUGAUAUUUGGUGUUACGUUAACUGUAUCUCGAAACUAAAUCAUUGUGUCGUUAGCUUGUUACCAUAAUCACAAUCGUUGUCACAUCACCUUGUCG